AUGGAGCGCCCCUCCAAAAGAGCCAAAAUCUUAUUAGAUCCGAGUGAUGGCUCAGCGACUACACCCCUGACGUCUUUGAGCAGGGCCAUCAGCCCACCACUGCCACGAGGCUGUCCCGGAGUGACUGAUGGUAAAUUGACUUCUGGUGCUGGAGGCACUGCUCGCCCUACCCAGUUUGUCAAUUCGCCAGUACAGCUUACUCAUAUUCGAGAUUUACCGGAUGGUAAUAAUGUCGACGCGGUCCGACUACGCGAUAUUCUUGGAGAUCCCAUGAUCCGUGAAUGCUGGCAGUUUAACUACCUCUUUGAUGUGGAUUUUCUCAUGUCACAGUUUGAUGAGGAUGUCCGAGACCUGGUCCAGGUUAAGGUUGUGCAUGGAUCCUGGCGGAGUGAGGAUUCAAAUCGCAUUCGAGUUGAGGAAACCUGUGCACGAUAUCCUAAUGUCGAGCCAAUUGUGGCCUACAUGCCGGAGCCUUUCGGGACACAUCAUUCCAAGAUGAUGAUUCUUCUUCGGCAUGAUGACCUUGCUCAGAUUAUUAUCCACACAGCAAACAUGAUUUAUAUGGAUUGGACCAAUAUGACCCAAGCCGCCUGGCUCUCCCCACUGCUUCCCCUGCAGAAGGAAAGCCCAGCGGGAUCUCAGACAGACGCCAAAGUUGGCUCCGGCGCAAGAUUCAAAAGGGAUCUCCUCGCUUAUCUGAAAGCGUAUGGACCUAAAAAGACCGGCCCGCUGGUCCAGCAGUUGGAUAGCUAUGACUUCAACUCUAUCCGCGCUGCCCUCAUUGCCAGUGUCCCGUCCAAAAAGCACGCCAGUGACUCCAGCGCAGAAGAGGAAACACUGUGGGGCUGGCCUGCUCUGAAAGACUUGAUGAGCCAAAUACCCAUCCAGCAGAAAAACAAAACCAAGAAACCACACAUAGUAAUCCAGUCCAAGAUCUCUUCAGUAGCAACCUUGGGCCAAACAAAUAAAUGGCUCAAAGAAGUCUUCUUCAAAGCCCUCACCCCAACCCCAACCCAGCAAGCAACAACCUACUCAAUAAUCUUUCCGACCCCGGACGAAAUCCGUAGCUCCCUGAACGGCUACAACUCCGGCGGCUCAAUCCACAUGAAAACCCAAAGCGCAGCGCAACAAAAGCAACUUCAAUACAUGCACCCCUAUCUCUGCCAAUGGGCAGGCGAUACCAUUACCCCAGGUCAAUGCAUCGACUUAUCCGAAGAUAAUCCCCCAAAGCGCGAAGCAGGCCGCGCCCGCGCAGCCCCACACAUCAAGACUUACAUCCGCUUCGCGGACUCGGACAUGAAGACUAUUGACUGGGCGAUGGUUUCGUCGGCGAAUCUGUCCACGCAGGCGUGGGGCGCGGCGACGAAUGCGAGUGGCGAGGUGCGCAUUUGUAGCUGGGAGAUUGGCGUUGUUGUUUGGCCGGACCUUUUCCGAGAUGAGCGUUGUGGCGAUGCUGCAUCUGCAUGUGAAUCUGAAUCUGAAUCCCGAGCGGAAGGGAAAUCCCCUAGGCCAGAUGCGCUCAUGGUUCCUUGCUUUAAGCGGGAUCGUCCUGAAGCUUCUGAGGGGACCGAGACGGCUUCUGUGGUCGUCGGAUUCCGGAUGCCUUAUGAUCUUCCGUUGACACCGUAUGGUGCAGGUGAUGAGCCGUGGUGUGCGACUGCUUCGCAUACUCUGCCGGACUGGCAGGGGCAGAGCUGGAUUAUUUGA